UUCAGGCGAUUUGAUAUAGAAACCGACCGGUUUGAUUAAAAGAGCGCUUUAGUUUAUUGAAUGACGGAAAUACCCUUGGGAUAUAAACGAAGUAUCAGCUUCGGCGAUACUUUCGGGAUAGAACGACGACGGAGAGUGGAGGCGGAGUAAGAGAGCGAGAGAUGAUACCGCAGCAAUGGACGCCGCCGUGUGGGAGUCAAUGCACGCACAAGUACGCAGCUCUUACGCAGAUUCCAUGGAGAGUGUUCUGCAAGAAGGGAUGUGAUGCCGAUAGUGACUCAUGGGAAGAUUGUGUAUCAGACUGCAGUGAGAUAUGCUACAAAGACCCUGUGCUAAAAGACCGACAAUGGAGUGCAUAUAUAGAUCGUUCUCCUGGAGCUGCCAGCUACUCUGAGGAAUGCUUUCACGCGUGUGUCGCAGGCUGUGGUUACAAGUUUGAAGUUGGAUCUGAGGAAGUCGAUAAGGUGAAACCAAAAAGACCACCGCCACCACCACCAAAGCCACAGCCACCACCAAGAGCUAAAGGACCAAAGCAGCCACCUAGUGAGGAGGUUCCUGGAACUUCUGCUUGACAUCAAAAGCUUUGGAACUAACUUCUUAAAACUCCUCAAUUUUUUUUGGUAAUCUAACUUGUGAGGGAGUAUCACUGUUCAGAGUAGCAAAUUUCAAGGCAGGUGCUCCAUUUUCUCGAUAGUUUUUGACAAUUUGUAGUGGAGAGUGUGUUAGUGGGACUUGUCCCAUGGAUGGACCUUGUGACGUUUUUAGUCCAUAAGGCAAAUCAAUGAACAGAUAUUGAUAUUGUGGUUUGCA